AUGCAGCAGUACACGGAGCACUUCCUGGCGGCCGGCUACACCAGCAUCGAGAAGGUGGUGCAGAUGACCAACGAGGCACACAAUGCCCAGCCUCGAGCCGUGUGGCUGGGCAUGAGCUGGCAGCAUGGUACUUUCUGGGUCAAUCGGCCAAGGGAGAAGCGAGAGGAAGAGCUGGGAAGAAUGGCGCUGUCUCGGCUGCCCCCUGGUGGCCAGAUGCUGCAUGACAUGCACGGCUCAGGAAAAGCAUCUCAGCUCCCACCUUUCUUGUCCCCAGAUCUGUUCGCCAGCGGCCCCGAGGAUUGCCCCUCGCCCGGGGGCACAGACCCCCUGAGCCCACCGCCCUCCAGCUGCCCCCCUGCCGCUCUUCCGGACUAUGUGGCUGGCAAGGACAAACAGAUGGAUUUCUGUUGGGAUCCUUGGCAGAGGUGCUUCCAGACGACCAAUGGCUACCUGUCCCACUCCAGAGCCUGCUCCAGCAGCUACAGCGUGGCAGCCCUGGCAACCUCCUCCCUCGUGGGGGUGGUGCAGAGCUUCAAGGACCACAUCACGAAGCCCACGGCCAUGGCGCGUGGCCGUGUGGCCCACCUCAUCGAGUGGAAGGGCUGGAGUGCGCAGCGGUCGGGCUGGGAGCUGUCGCCCACCGAGGAUGAGCAUUACUGCUGCCUCCCGGACGAGCUGCGUGAGGCCCGCUUUGCUGCCGGGGUUGCUGAGCAGUUUGCCAUCACAGAGGCCACACUGAGUGCCUGGUCCUCGCUGGAGGAUGAGGAGCUGCACCCCGAGAACAGCCCCCCGGACCUCGUCCAGCUUCCAGACCUGGACAGCAUCUACCUUCAGGACAGCCUCCUGAGCGGCCCCUCGCAAGAUGACAGUCUCCUGGCCCUCUCCUCCCCCGGCCUGUCCCCUGACGGCUGGCCCUCACCCGAGGAGCCCCCCAUCAUGGCUGCUGCCCCCCAGCCCCCCAGCCCCGAACUGCAGCAGCGGAAGCGGCUGCCCGGGGGCCCGGGGCCUGAGGCCGGGGCCUGCCUGCAGGGCUCCCUCCCCUCGGUGGACAGCGGCUCCAUCUCCCAGGAAGACGAGGUUUUCUAUAACUGAGGCCCGCUCGCACCCGACCUCGCCCGGUGGGCAGCUCAGGCCCAUCAGGACCGCCGGCUGGGCCUCUGGACCCCUCGGGGCAGGCACGGGGUGGGAGGCGGGGAUGGGCGGCCAGCACUCCCGUGGACGGCUUUGUGCCUCUGUGGACCAGCCCCCAACCCCCCUCUCCCUUCUUGGCUCAUGUGGGCACCUCUCCCCGCAGGGUUCCUGCCCCCGGUGAGCUGGAGGACUCACCAGACACCCGGGCAGGCCGCCCAGAGGAGCCAGCAGCCGGGCCCCAGGCAGACGACAUGAAAGGGCCUGGGAGACCCGCCUGGAGUGGGGGCCGGGGACCCCGCCUGCUCUUGGAGCUCAGCCUCUCCCCGUCUCCCUCUGUGCUUCGGCCCCCAUCGGAGGUGGGGUAGCCUCUCCUGGUAGCUCAGCAUCUGCUCCUAAGCUGUGGUCACGAGGACACCUGUCUCCAGGACCGUCUGUCUGUCCCUCACUCUGAACCCUGGUUCCCCUGCUCCCUGCCCUUGCACCCUCCCUCCAGCUCCCUGGAAGUUCUCUGAGGACAUUAAAGUGGUGGAUUCACUGGAUGAACUUGGCCUGGUCUCUGC